CUAACGCAGCUUGCGGCGGAAAAUUAGUUCAGUGCUCGGCGGAGAUUUGGAUCAUACACUUGUGUGUGCUCGCUUCCAAAUCGAAUUCAAUUGUCCUGCAUUCGAAACUCAAGGAUCUCGAGAGCGUUGAUUGUGCGUGUGUUAAACUAAUGCAAAAGUAAUCAAAGCCGGACGCAUUAAAGUGACGCGGCUGGAAGUCCAUAAAAAUAAACUACAUAAAAGCAACUUGCGGUGCCGGAAAUAAUGUCAACCACAGCCGAACCCGUGGCGUUGGGGGUAAGCUCCCCCGUGGCGGAUGUAGUGGCCAAAACCACCACAACGGUGGCCAAUGCGAUUGCGAAGACAGUGGCCGUAAUUAGCAGCACGGUCUCAACUAGCUCCACAACUGGCACCACUUCCACUGCCACAGCCACUGCCACAUCCACUAGCCCAACGAGUGCCACACCCACCACCUCGACCACUUUCGCCUACACUCCGACGCCCACUCCCAUUCAAUCAGCAUCCGCAUCCCUGGAGGAUGGCGGGGAGAAACUCAGCGUGAAGGAUUUGGGCCAGGCCCUGCAGCAUUUCGGGAUUGUUGAUUACUUGGUCUUCAUCGCCAUGUUGGCGGUCUGUGCCGUUAUCGGCUUCUAUUUUGGCUUCAUCGAAAAGAAGCAAAAGAAGCAGAAGUUGGCCGGCAAGGAUGGCGGCGGUGGGGCGGGCAUCGAGGAGAGGCGUGGCUCGGAGGCGCUGGACUACCUGGUGGGCGGACGCCAAAUGAAAGUGUUUCCGGUCGCCCUGUCACUUGUGGCCAGCUUCGUGUCUGGAAUCUCGCUUCUGGGAACUUCCACGGAAAUCUAUGUCUACGGCACACAGUACGCCUUCAUUCUGGUGACGCUGGCCAUCUCCGGAGCCAUUUCGUGGUACAUCUUCCUGCCGGUGUUCUGCAAUCUCCAGCUGACAUCCACCUAUGAGUACUUUGAAAGACGUUUCGAUCGACGAGUUCGCAUCUUUGGUUCCUGCCUCUUUGUGGUGAUGAAUAUUUUGUGGCAACCCAUUUGCAUAUACGUCCCAGCUCUGACGCUAAAUCAAGUUUCCGGAAUAAGUGUCAGCAAGAUUGUACCUGCGACCAGUUUUAUCUGCAUUUUAUACACCAGCGUUGGUGGAAUCAAGGGUGUUGUGUGGACGGAUGUUAUUCAGAGCAUCGUAAUGAUCGGAUCCAUGCUCAUAGUCAUCAUAAAGGGCACUUUGGAUUUGGGUGGCUUGAGCGUUGUUCUGGAUCACAAUCGUCAGUACGAUCGACUGGUGGGCCCAGACCUGACCUUUGAUCCAACUGCAAGAAUGGGCGUAUUUGCCUUGUUUAUCGGUGGCGCCCUGUUCAAGUUGCAGGCAAAUGGCAUAAAUCAGGCUAUAGUGCAGCGUUACCUAACUUUGCCCAAUAAUAAGGAUGUUAAGAAGGCGUUGGUUUACUCACUAAUUGGCUUCAUGUUCGUAAUGUUGAUGUGCGUUUAUAUUGGUGUGCUGGCAUUUGCUGAGUUCUAUCAUUGCGAUCCCAUUACAACGGGUUUAGCUCGUGCCAAGGAUCAAGUCAUACCCCUCUAUGUGGUGAAGAACGUUGGCCAUAUUCCCGGUCUGGUUGGACUGUUUGUAGCUGGAGUCUUCAGUGCCGCACUGAGUUCCCUUUCGACGGCUCUGAACUCCCUUUCCGGUGUGAUUCUGACGGACUUUGUGGAGCCCUUUAGGAAGAAGCCCUUGAGCGAACGGCAGACCGCCUACUUGUUGAGAGGAGUGGUCGUCUCCUUCGGCCUGAUCUCGAUGGCCAGUGUACCGAUUGUCCAGAGACUCGGCCUGGUCAUGCAGCUAUCCUCAACAGUGGCGGCCAUAACUUGUGGUCCACUCCUGGGAGCCUUUAGUGUGGGCAUGCUACUGCCAUUUGUGAAGACAGAGAGUCUUCUCACAGGCAUCUCCUGCGCCUCUAGUUUCACCGCCUACAUUGUGGUGCGGGCUCAAAUAGCCAUUUUCACGGGAGCUCUGACUUUCCCGGCAAAACCCGUUUCCAUAGAAGACUGUGAUUAUACCUUUGAUCUCCCUGCGAAUUGGAAUGCCACAACCACGGCAACCCCAACCGAAUCUACCAGUCAUGGCAUUCAUGAGAUCUCAUUUUUGUGGUACACCGCAGUUGGUUCUGUGGGCACUGUACUUGCAUCUCUGCUGGCCACUCUCUAUUUUGGGCGUCAAGAUCCGCGGGUUGUGGAUAAGGAACUUAUCAGCCCCGUCGUGCGGAAAUUCUGGUAUGGAAAAUACGAUAGUGUGGCCAGUGAAGAGAAAAACAAUUUUAAUCUUCACGAGUCGGAAACUCAGCUCAAGUUGGAGCAAUCUGAAAAGUCAUAGGGAUAAUAAUUAUAUUCUACUUUAAUCCCGUAAAUACAUUCACCUCUAUUGCAAAACCAAAACAUUGUAGUUUCUUCUUAGUUAUAAGAAUCUGUUUUGUACCUAAUCUUAACCGAAUGCUUGAGCUUGGUUUUUUUUAGCUAACUCUUAUAAUCAACCUUCAACUGGGUCUGUC